ACAUUUAAAUCGUGUAGUAAAUCCUCGAUGUUUUUACCUGUGUUUGUUUAUAAAUCGUCAUGAAUGUGAUGAAUGGGGACGUGUUCUAUUCCCAAUAAACCUAUAUGUGGUGUGUAUCGUAUUAUGUUACCACUAAGGAAGGUGAGAAGGAUAUCUAAACAGUUACUUAAAUGUGUUAUAUUGUCCAGUGUAAUCGGACUUAUUAUACCUCUUGUUAUAUUCUGGAGGGGAGAAUACGUUCAUGUAUUAAAAUAUCAAUGGGUACCAGGAGAAACAUGUCAAGACAUACCGGUAACGAGAACGCCGGACAAAACAACAGAAAAACGGGAUAUCUCAGUAAAUAUGACGAUACAGCGUGGUUGGCAGGCUGUGGAUAAUGAGAACUUAUUUUAUUUGUUUUCCAGUUUCUAUGUAGUGGAUCGCGACAGUCGUUAUGUUUUGUUAAUUGGUGCAAUGGAUAAACGGACAUACGAUGAUCUACAGUGUGCUGUUACUGACAACAAAACAAUUAAAUACGUCCCAGCUAGAUAUAUGGCUAUGUGGGAUGAUCAACUUUUAUGUACUCAGAUCAACCCAUACUAUACUGCUAUAUGGGAUGAUCAAAUACUUUGUAGAUAUAGUCCUACAUUCUUUACAUGUGACUUGCCAAAUAAUUUCCAUCCAACGAGUGUUGCUCUUUCCAGAAAAUUCUGUCAACUACCAUCACAGAUGCUUCCAGUUAAAUACCCUACCGAGAUAACAAAGAAAUUUACACUCUGUGUGGCACCACUUUACGGACCAUACGAUAAUAUAAACGAAUUGAUAGAAAUGAUAGAAUUAAAUAAAAUAUUAGGUGCUGAUCAUUUCACUUUUUACAACUUUAACAUUAGUAGUAGAGUGAACCGUAUUCUCGACUAUUAUAUAAAACAAGGCAUUGUUGAUCUAGUUACAUGGAAUAUGCCUAUUAACUUAACAAGAAUACAUUACUAUGGACAAAUGGCUGCAUUAAAUGAUUGUUUAUAUCGCAAUAGGCACAAAAGCCGGUAUAUUGUUGUGCAGGAUAUGGACGAAUUUAUAAUACCAAAAAAAUAUCGGACGUGGCAUGAAAUGAUGUUAGAUAUGCCUUCCGGGCUGAAUGUUUAUAGUUUUCAAAGUGUGCAGUUUAGCGUUGAUAUUCAAGAUAUUAAAACUAAUUUUCAAGGAAAGGCAAAUGUCAAAAAGUUUAAUCUUGUCACAUUAUUGAAGCAAAAUCACGGUCCUGUUUAUGAUAGAACUACACGAACAAAGUAUAUUGUCGAAGCAAGUAGAGUAAAAGAGCUUGGUAUUCAUAAUGUAUGGCAACUAAGAGACGGCUCCACCGGAAACGAAUAUCACGUGCCACCAGAAGACGCUUUAAUGUUUCAUUAUCGACAUUGGUUUAACGAAAAAGAAAUAUUUACAGGAAAACAUAAUCCUAGAAUGAUGAUGUAUAAGGAUAACCUUCUUACAAAUGUUCAAAAAACUUUUGAAAAAUUAAAACUUAUUUAAAAAUAA